AUGCCAACCCCUGCGAGACUCUUCAGCGCCGAUAUGCAAGCCACACCGUUCGCGCCAUCACAUACUGCCGCGGACGAAGAACACGCUUCCCAGACCGGGCGCACUCGAAGGGUACGGAAGAGUAUCAACUACGCCUUGCCCAAGCUCAACACAAAGAUGCGUAAGCCCGAUCCUAGUGACUUGGUCCCCGCUGCCACCCCACACCGCUCCGGCAGCACCACACCGGCUUCGGCUCGUGGCAUGGUCGGAAGUACCGGAAACUUGAGUGACAUCCGUAGGCUACAUGAAGCAGCGGCCUUGCGUCAAUCUCCGACGGAGCGCGCCUCGCACAUGCGCUUAAACGGCAGCUCGAGCUAUCCGGAUGGCGACGCCUCGAAUGGUGAAGGCGGUGGAGGCGUGUGCAUGGCCGACCUGUUCGAGAUCCGUCAAGUCGUCAAUCAACACGCGACGCAGAGGAUCAGCCCUGACGCAGCUGCCGACACUCAGCACGCCUUUUGGAACGCGGAGGGGACGAAUGAUACAUCGGAUGAUGAUUCUCGGGUGACGAGCAACGCUGACCUGGGUGAGCUCGCCGAGCUCGAAGCAGCCAUGAGCGAUCUAUGCACAGCCGACGAGGCGCCACAACAAGUCGAUACUCCAAGAGCACCCCAAUCAUCCAUGUGGCCCUCCCGCUCUUCAGCCCAGAUGAGUGCCUCCUCCUCGACGGACAGCAUGUUGUCACGCACUCCUAGCACAGUCGUCAGCGCCACUGCAACCAAGAGACCUUCACUGCGACGCAAGACGACCACGCUGCCGUCUCGUUCACGUCAAUCCUCAGCCGAGCAAGCAAUGCAGUCGGAGAUGAUUGGUGAGUCUGAUUCGAGACCGUCCGUCAACAACGGAAGGGACGACUCGGACGUCAAAACUACCUUUAAUAAGGUCGCAGAAGGUGCGUUUACAUCGGCGACAGACACGGCAAAGACCUAUGGGAGCGAGAAAAAGGGCAGUGAUGCAAAGAAAGACGCCGAGCGCACCCGCCCUUCCUCAGCAGCAUUGUCCUCGACCGAACUCGGGAACGGACGUCCACCCACUGUGUCUGCUGGUCUUGCCGCCGGUAUGAAGCCCAAACAGAGGCCAGCCAGCGCAGGCGCUGCUCUGGUGGGCUCACGGUCUGCGAGUGCCUCUUCAUCUUUGAGCAGCGGUGUUGACAGACCAAGAACCUUUUCGGGCACCACAGCUGCGAAAGCAGGCCUAACACAAUCGUCGGCCUCGAGUAGCUCCGCAGGAAGCACGAGUCGAUCCGUGUCCUCAACCUCGUCAUCGUCUACCCUGCGAAACAGCCUGCACUCGGCGCUCACAAGCCAGACAAAGGCUACGCCAGGCCAAAUGACACCUCGUUUCGGAGCUAAGGGCCUUCCGACUUCAGCAGCAUCGUCCCUGUCGACCGAAUCGCCGCGCAUCGUGGGCACACCGAUACUACGUCCAACGCCGUCAAUCAGCAGUCUCGCGUCGGAAUCGAGUGGCCGGUCGAGCCCAGCGCUUUCUGUUGCGUCGGCAGGCAGUAGCGGCACUCAGCUGUCGACCUCAACUCGUACGUCGCUGAAGAUUGGCGCGCCCUCGGGGUCCGCGUCGUCUGCCAAGGCGCAAAGACCAGGAACGGCGGGCUCGAUUGCUUCGAGCUCGUCGUCUUCGAGGGAGGGCUUCACUAGAGUAAAUGGGCCCGCCCCGAGCGUAGGCGCAAGCGCGGGCAGCACAAGACCACAGCCAGCUCGAUCGAUGCCCAGCUUGCGUCGGGCCACCGACAAGACGGGUGUGACGUCGACCCCGAGAAUCACCGUACGCUCGUCAUCGUCGACCAUUCCUGCAGCUUCAGUUUCGGGACCCGAUUCAUCAAACGGUGCAAGCGGCACUUCUACAGCGGCGUCCAUCGCUGCUUCCAAGGUGGCCAGAGCAAUCUCUUCAACGCCGGUGUCUCGCUCCAAAGAUGCGACUUCAACUCCAAUGGGCCUUGGAAUCGAUUUCAACGAUGUGUCUGCGGAAAAAGAGCUGAGUACGUUGACGGAUGAGAUUCAACAGGUGCUGCAGAGGUCUUCGUCUUCGGCAGCGCCAUCCUCGUCUCUCUCGUCCGAGGCCCAGUCAAGCUCGCCGACGAGUGCGAGCAAAACAUCCAGCGACGAUGCAUACCUCCCAACCGCGACUAUCGCCAAGACCCGUCGCACCAGCCGCCGUGUUAGUGGCAUGACAGCCUAG